AUGUCGGACAAGAAGAAUGAGGACUAUGAGCUUCGCGGAUCCGACUCGUUCGGCGGGGAAAAGGAUGGCUUCUUGUCCCAGCGUCCACCUGUCAGGCCCCGGUCCAACGUGGUUUCGCCCAUUAGCAAGAUCGACAACAGCCCUGGCGCUUCCAUUUUGGCCUACUGCUUCUCUUCUAUUAGUAUGACGGUUGUCAACAAGUACGUUGUCUCUGGUCAAUUCUGGAACUUGAACUUCCUCUAUCUUGCCGUCCAGGCAAUCGUUUGUAUUCUCGCCAUUCUCGCUUGCAAGAACUUGGGAAUGAUUACGAACCUAGCCCCUUUCGAUUCCGACAAGGCAAAGAAGUGGUUUCCCAUCUCGCUUCUCCUUGUCGGCAUGAUCUAUACGGGCACAAAGGCGCUGCAGUUUCUCUCCGUACCUGUUUAUACCAUUUUCAAGAACUUGACUAUCAUCGUUAUCGCCUACGGUGAAGUCUUGUGGUUUGGUGGCAGUGUUAGCCCUCUCUCAUUACUCUCGUUCGGCUUGAUGGUUCUUAGCUCUGUUGUUGCCGCUUGGGCCGACAUUCAGCAUGCCCUGGGAGGUGGGUCACAUACCGCCGAAGCCUCUGCCGCCGUUUCAACCCUAAAUGCUGGAUACGCUUGGAUGGGAAUGAACGUAUGUUGCACAGCGGCGUACGUGCUCGGCAUGCGCAAGGUCAUUAAGAAGAUGAACUUCAAGGAUUGGGACACUAUGUUCUAUAACAACUUAUUGACCAUCCCUGUUCUCAUCGUCUGUACACUUUUGGCGGAGGACUGGUCCUCGACCAACAUUGCGAAGAACUUUCCCGUCGAGACCCGAAACAGCCUCUUUAUUGGCAUGAUCUACUCCGGAUUAUGCGCCAUCUUUAUCUCGUAUUGCUCCGCUUGGUGUAUUCGAGUGACGUCUUCGACUACAUACUCAGUGGUUGGUGCUCUUAACAAACUUCCUAUUGCCAUCAGUGGCCUUGUCUUCUUCGACGCGCCAGUUACGGUAGGCAGUGUGUCUGCUAUCAUCCUCGGGUUCAUUAGCGGUAUCGUCUAUGCUUGGGCGAGAAUCCGGCAGAGCGCGGCGGCUAAGAUGUCAUUGCCGACUACACAGCCUAUGAGUGCAAGCUCCCAGAGUAACAGAGACGCCAACUCGUAG